AUGGGUACAGAGGAGUACCGGAUGGUCAACGCUGCUUUCAAGGCGUUGCCAGUCGAACAGCAGGCCUAUAUCCUCUCACCACCGGAGACUUGGGCUCCAGUACGCGCACUGCGGAUCCAGCGCGUGGAGAAUGGACCCCAGGGCGAUGCGUCCUGGAAGCCCUACUACAAGUCCCUGGUAAG